CCUUUUUCUCGCUUUUAGAGACUGUCCUGUUAAUUGCAACACCCAGGAAUUCAACAUGACUCUCACCGAGCUAAAUGCUUAUUUUUCAAAUAAACGGAAGGAGAAUGUGCCUACAUUGGGAUAUGAGACCGUUCCUGUAUCGUCUGUCGAGUUCCCGAGACCUUGGGCAAACCCUCGAAUCUUGAGUGAAACAACUGCCUACCAAAUCGUUCGAAAUUCAAAGCUUCCUGUUGAGUUGAAGGCCGACCAUGGUCCAGUCUCGUUAUUUUAUGCCAAUAGUAAUGAGAAAUACUUAUGCAUGGCUUCUCAAAACAAGGUCAACAUAUAUUCUUACUCGUCUCAGCCAAAAAUCAAUCAAUUGACAGCGUUUGAUGCUGUGCAAUUUUUCUAUUUGCUUACUGGACAUAGGGCCAUUGGGAUCAGCACGAAAGGAUGGAUUUGUUACUGGACAGAUAAAGGAUUAGAUCAAUCAAUGCGCCAUAAAAUUCCAAUGCUCGCCAUUAGCGAGCGAAUCACUUCUGUUGCAAGACUUGGUGCCAGUCAAUUAGUACUUGGGUCAUCCACUGGGGAAUUAUAUAUGCUGUCUAUCGAUGACGAUCAAAUUUUAGUUUCCACAAUAUAUUCAUAUAAAAGCUUUCUAUCAUUCAUUACGGGAUUUAUUCGUAGCCAACUACCAUGCAAAUCACAGUAUAAGAAACCCCAUGAUACUCAACCCAUCUUGAAUCUUCAUGUCAUGGCUAACUGUAUCUAUUCAGUUGAUAAGAAUUGCAUUACGUUGUGUCAACUUAUAUCAGAAGGGCAGAUAGAGAUCACAGCACGGAUCAAUAUAGAAUCAAUGAUCUCCUCUAGCAUUGCUCAACACAUCCCACCCGAUGUACUCAAGACAGACGUCCAGUCCGAAAUAUUGAAUUCAUGUCUCACGAAGGAGAAAGAGAUCAUCGUGCUUGCAUCGUACACAAUACCUGGCUUGGGGGAUUACGUUCAAUACGCUCUGAUCGCCUUUGUUAUAGACCCGAAAAAUGCGACCGUGUAUGAAAAGUUCACAACAUCGAUACCUUAUUCAGCAAUUCCAGACAAUAUGAAAUCAACACCUCGCAUUGCUGCUACUGUUGCACUAGCAUUCAUUACGUUUGAUAAUACAGUCAUUGCCGUUUCCUUGGAUACGGUUUCAGUAUUUGAGGAUGCUGUAGUAUUAAAAGAAGAUUAUGUUCUGUACACUGAAGUAUACAGUCAAAAAGAUAUUGAUACAGCCAUAAUUUAUACCAUGGAUAGUGGCAUACUGGAAUUUAAAAUUGACGUUGCAAAGAUCCAAGCUCCAAGCGAAUCAGGGAAUCUGUACUGUGCAUCGGUCAAUGAUCCUAGGCAAAGGGUGACUGAUAUUUUCAAAGCUAAAUUUGAAGAAGCUGUUGUUUACGGUGCACUAGAGCAUUCUCCUUUGGUAUUCCCGCUUCGACCAGAUUCAAAUGACAUUGCCCAGGCGGUGAUACAGAUGUCUACCGAAAUAUUGAAAAAUCAAUCCAGGGUCUUACCACCCCGUCAUCUUACUGAUCUUUAUAUUGAAUCCAGAUACUUUUUUUUAAACAGACUGAUGUUAUUUGUAAAGGAAAACAACUUUAUAGAAAAGAUCUCACUGCACGAAAGAGAAAAUCUCAUGUUGAAGUUAGAGAUGUAUAAUAUUAGUUCAGUCUUAUGGGACUUUCAUAAGGAAAGGCUUGGUGAAGUAUCAACUCAAUCCUAUUGGAAAAGUAUAUUAUCUGAUCUGAUUUCUAUGGAAAAGUCAGACAUGAAAGACCUUUCGGUUGAUAACGUCUUCCAAACAAAAGAGUUUAUUGAGAAAGUAUGUGAUCGUGUUCAACUGCAAGGAGGUGAUUUAUCCAGUCAGAUGCAAGUCUUCAAAAGCACAAAUGAACUUUUACAGAGGAUGUUUAAAACAGCAAAAAAAUUCGAGGAAACUUGUGCAUUUGUCCAUGAAGUGGAUAUUUCCACAUUCGUCCAUCCUCUUGCAUAUCAUCUUGGUCACCGUUUAUUUCGAUUGUUCAAGUCCAAUAUCAAAUUUGUUGCCAAAGUGAAUGAAGAUCCUGAGGGCAUAAUGACGGAUAGUCUAGAUAAAAUCCAGGAGGAUAUAAUUAUAUUAGCUUGUCUAUCUCUGACUUUUGCAUUAGAAGAAAAAAACACGAGUCAACUUGACGCUGAAGAGGAGGCAGAUAAAAAAUAUAAAAAAGUUCGAAAAGAUGUGAUCGAAGGAUUAUGCAAAUUAGGUCUAUAUCAAAUCGCCAUUAAUCUCGCUCAAGAUCACAGUGAUAUACCUGCAUUAUUAGUCGCUCUUCAAACAAGUAACUUACACGAUGUCCGAGAAAAAAAUAUUCAGUACAUUGAUCAAUUUGGGAAGGAGUACUAUGAGUGUCUGCUAAAAUACUUGGACGAAAACAGACGUACCACUAAUGCGAAUGAUGGAUAUAUCUUGGAACUUUUGACAAGAUAUCCUUCCCACGCACAGCAUUUCCUCGAGAAAAAUGAGUUGAAUAUAGCUUGGAUAUACCAUCACCGUCAAAAGGAUUAUAAGAGAUCACUGAAUUCCCUCAAAAUAUGCAUUGCUAAAGAAGAAAACGAACGUAGGCUCAACAUGUAUCGAAGUUGGGAGGAAAUCCUCACAGUUGCUCUACAACAGUAAAUCGAAUUCUCAAAUACUGUUUUUUUAAUAAUAGCAAACACAAAGUACAGCAAUAAAAACAUUAUUCUACAG